UGACGCACAAAUGAGUAACUUCACAUUUAGCUGAUAACUGUUAGCGAAAAAGACAAUUAUGGCCCUCGCUGUGAUUAUGAUUCUAAUGUCCAUAGCAGUUUUCACACAAGCAGCAGGGUGUCUGAAGGGUCAUCAGUGUUCAAACUGUAGCAGUACAGGGGACUGCAAAUCAAAAUGCUUCGGGGGAUAUUUUGGUGUGACUUGCAAGACACGUUGCUCGAAAGGUUGCCUAAAUGGUGCGUGCGAGACAUCAGAGACAGGCAUUGGUAGAUGCGCUGAAGGAUGUGUACCUGGUUUUCAAGGCACAGAUUGCACAAGACCAUGUGCGCGUCAAGAGGCCACAUGUACCAAGUGUCAGUCUGAGUGUGACCAGGGCUACUGUCAGCUGACCUCAUCCUGUGUGUCUGGCUGUGUGGACGGAUACUACGGCUCUGACUGUAAGAACUGCUCCAACAGGUGUAAAACCUGCAACAGGAUCACUGGCACAUGUGACAAGUGUUACCCACUAUAUACCGGCCCUGAUUGUCAUUUUUCAGGAUUGUGUGAAGCCGGGUGUACGGAGGGAUGUGGACGUCAAUUAAGUGGUAGUUUCUGUGUUGAGGUGUGCAGUCAUAAUUGCAAGGUUCAUACCAACAUGAAUGAUACGACGAGAUGCCUGCCCCCUGGCGUAAAUGCGUCUCUGUAUUGUACAUCUGAGUGUCACAACCAGAGUGGCGAGUGUCUCCAUGGCUGUGUUGAAGGCUGGUAUGGUCCAAGGUGCCUCUCUCCUUGCAAUGCAGACUGUCGUGGUGGACGAUGUGAUGCUGCUGGCGUCUGUGUGGACGAAUGUAUCGCGCGAUAUUCUGGAGAGUUUUGUAAUGACACAUGUGAAAUGUGUCGUGAUGGGGUCUGUGAUCAGAAGACUGGCACGUGCAUUAAUGGAUGUGACGUCAGUAAACGUGGAUGUGGAACGUCCUGUACCAGCAACUGUUCCAGGGAUUAUUGUAUGAAUGAGACAUGCUCAGAUGAAAAGCCUACUGGGAUCAGUGGAAGUCCGCAUGGUCUCAUCAUAGGACUACCAUUAGCGUGUGUACUCUUUGUCCUGGCGAUCCUGGUGUCAAACUAUGUCUGUUACCGCAAAGGUCAGACCAAGCAAAGAGAGAAUUUGGCGGUUUGGGAGUGUAGCCCCGUUGUAGAGUACCAGUCGUGGCACAUAUACUCUGACAUAGAAGAGGGGCAUUUGGACGCUAAGGAGCAAAAUGAGGGCCAAGAGAACCUAGAAGAUGAACCUGGUCUCGCCAUGCCUGUCAUAGCAGAUGUCUUCGCCGUUGCUGCGCCAAUUGUACACAGAAAUGAUGACAUGUUAUCAGAGAGUUCAGCAUCAUCCACUUCUCAAUCCUACACCCACCUGAUUCCUAAGGUGGUCACUGAUGACCCGGGGACAGUUGACAGUUACAUAUCACCAGUGGAAGAGUUGACCCCACACCCACCUGACCCUGACGUAGUCGCUGAUGACCCGGUGACAGCGGACAGUCACCAGUAGAAGAUACCUAUAUGGUAUUUUGAGACAUUUUCUUAUGGUCAUUGUCAGCGAACAACUUCCAACAGUUUCUAAGGGAACAAUACUUCUUGAUGAAAAGCUAACAUAUUAUAGCCAGAACAUACAUAUACCAGUAUCCCUGAAACAGGUAACCACAAGCACUAGUAAAUAACAGCUCGGCAGAUUUUACUGACUUUAUUCGGACUUACGUCUACUCGUUGUGGCAGUUCUAAAACUAAAAGUGUAUGUAACCUCACCAAAACAUAAUGCUUUUGCUUCCAUCGUUUUAAAUCUUGAACUUGUUUAUCUAUUUUUCUUGCUUGUAAUUGUCAACCCCAUACCCCCACCCCACAACAUACAUGACCUGUGACAUAAGCUAAUGAAUCCUAGUGUACAUGGACAGAUAUGAGCUCCAUUUCGCCUCCAAUGCAAUAUGUGUGCAUGUAGAUAAUUAAGCUAAAAUGCUUCAAAUGAAAUAAAUAACGGGCCAGAUGGUUGAAUGUGCAACUCA